AUGUGUAACAAACUCAUCCUGCUCCUAGGCGUGGUGGCUAUCAUAGCGACUGCCUUCGCGGCGGAUCCUACAGAUCCAACCGAUCCUACUUCUCCAACGGAUCCGACUUCCCCCACUGAUCCAACUUCUCCAACGGAUCCGACGUCUCCCACCGAUCCAACUUCGCCCACCGAUCCCACUUCACCCACUGAUCCUUCCUCUCCCACCUCACCCACCGAUCCUGCUGCGCCCACUGAUACCGCUACCACGACAACCACCGCUGCCCCCACCCCAGCCCGCACAACCAAGGCCGGCGGCAGGCGUCGCAGGUGGCGCAGGCGUUGGAUUCGUAGGCGUAGGAGGAACAACAACAAUGGCAAUGUGAUCCGCAGGAGGCGUAUCUGCCGCACCGCUGGUGGAGUCCGUCAAUGCAUAGUUGAGCGUAUCCUCUAA